UGUGAUGGACUGGACGGGACUCUUCUUCAACAACAACCACACGGCUACUCUUUCAACCACCUCGGUAGCUUGCUAGCCAACAUAAAACCGAAAUAUUGAGGCUUUGACCAUGUUUAUGUACAUUAGCUAAUCUCAGUGUUUUAAACACAUUUCUUUUGACGUAACAUUAUCUACUUGGUAACUUUAACCUAAUUUGCAAACGUGUUAAAGAUUGAUACUGAGCCUAGCAUUAGGCUAGUCGCUAAUGCUAACUAGCUAGCUAACUAGCUUACAUCCCUGACCAUGAUCUCACUAAACUACUCCUCCGUUGCUAAAGAAGAGGAGGUCUGGUGUAUGGAGAAAGAAGCUUUGGGGCUGAACAUUGCCGUGAAACAAGAAGAGGAGGAUGUUACAGUGAAAGGAGAGAAAGAUCCGUUUGGAGUGAAAGAGGAAGAGGGGAUAGAGGCUGUCACAGUGGAAGAGGAGGAGGUAGAAGCUUUCAGAAUGAUAAAGGAGGAAGAGGACGCUGGUGUAUUGAAAGAAGAAGAGGAGGAUGUUAAAGUGAAAAAAGAGGAAGAACCUUUUAGAGAGGAAGAGGAUGCUAUCUCAGUAAAGGUGAAGAAGGAAGACAUUUUUGGCGUGAAAGAGCAGGAGGAGGAGACAGAAUAUCAGAUUAACACCAGAGGGAGACAUGACUAUCAUGGAUCCUCUGGAGAGCUUCAUCAACAUCCUGAUGCUGACGAGGCAGAGAAGAGUCUCUUCAGAUCAGAACACCAGAUGGACAACGCUAGCCCUUCCUCCCUCCCAGAGUCCCCGUGUCGUACCUCUCCCAGUAGCACCUUACUGCUGGGUCUGAAGAGGUUGUCUGUGCGGCUGGUGGACUGCAGGAAAACAACGGGGCUGAGUGGAACUGUGAGAGGAGGAGAAGAGAAGAAAGGAGCAGAUUUGACUCAUCAAAAUGAAAGUUGGACUCCAUGUAUCCCCAUUGACUCUGAAUCAGACGAUGAGGACCUGCUUAGACCGGACGAACCAGACCCCAACGAUGAGAACGAAGGUUAUCGUGUCCAGGGCCCUACUCAAGCAUCUGAAGAUGAAGAUGAUUAUAGGGGUGAUGAGCCACAGCCAGAGCAUCUGCUUCCUCAGCCACAGCUUCCCCUUCCUCAGGCAGAGCCUCCUCUUCCUCAGCCUGGCCGCUUGUCUAGACAACGCACUUCUGCUCCCCUCCCUCGGCCACAGUCUUCAUCGGACACUGAGUCCCCUGUAAAGAGCCCUCAACCCAAAAGAAAAGGAAACGCUUUCUCAAAGUCAGCGCAUCCAAGUCAGCGUGGUGGAGGUAGGCCUGCCACUCCAAGAGUCGGGGAGGAAGAAGAGGAAGAGGAAGACAGGUGGCAUAAUAGAGAAGAGAAUGAUGAACGACCAGAUCCAAUCCGGUUUAUGCCCACCAGAGUCCCAGGCCCCACAAUCGACACCGCUGCGUCAUGGUCUCCCCUUUCACUCUUUCAACUGUUUUUUACCACUUCGGUUGUCCGAACAAUAAUUCGCAACACUAAUGCAAAUGCUGCCAAAAGACUGCAGUCCGGACUGAAAUUCGCUUGGAUACCACUAACGAUGAGAGAUUUUUACAUUUUCCUGGCAAUUCUGCUAUACUCAGGGCUCGUCUCUGUACACGAGAGGGGCACCUACUGGAGGAAGGAAUGGCCAUAUAAUUUCCGCUUCCCUGGAGACACUAUGACACGAGACCGUUUUGAAGCAAUCAUGUGGUCACUGCACUUGAGCAAACCGGAAGACGAUGAAGCCAACAACACUAAAAAAGGCACUGCAGAAUACGACAGACUUUUCAAGAUCAAGCCCCUGUACACUGAGCUUACCAAUGCCUGCAAAUCACAUUUCCAGCCGUACCAAAACAUCUCCAUAGACGAAAGGAUGGUGGCAUCCGAGGCGAGAAUAAGUACGCGGCAAUAUAUGAAAGCAAAGCCCACUAAGUGGGGGUAUAAAUUAUUGGUACUGGCUGACUCUCACACUGCUUAUACGUGGAAUUUUGUUGUUUAUGAAGGCAAGAGUGUGUUCACACCAGGCCAGGGACUAAGCUACACUUCAGUUAUGGACUUGAUGCCAUUCCCUCUACUCGGUGGGGGCUAUACACUUUUUGUAGACAAUUUCUAUUCUAGCCCUGCCCUUUUUGAGGAGCUACGUAGAAGAAACACUGGUGCCUGUGGGACGAUUAGAACGAACAGGAUUGGUUUCCCACAAACCAAAAGGAACAACCUGCCAAAAAAAGCAGAAAGGGGAGAUUUGCGUUGGAUACGCAAAGGAAAUGUAUUAUUUGUAAAAUGGAUGGACACACGUGAGGUAACCAUGUGCUCUACUGUACAUGAAGCAUUUGGUGGACAAACUGUCAAAAGGAAGGUAAAAGAGGGUGGUGUAUGGCAGACUAAAACUGUGCCCGUCCCAGAUGCGGUAGCCGACUACAACCGGAGCAUGGGUGGAGUGGAUUUAUCCGACGCAUUGAUUGGAUACUGCAGUGUUCACCACAAGACGAUGAAAUGGUAUAAGACUUUUCUUUUUCAUUUUGUUGAUAUUGCUGUUGUAAAUAGUUUCCUACUUCACAAAGAACUCCAUAAGAACAACUCAACUAAGCCGUACACACAGAAGAAGUUCAGGGAAAAGCUACUCACAGAAAUGGUGAGCUUUGCUAAACAGUCUGAACCACAACCUUCACCACGACCACCGCCAACAUCCUGCAUGCCAGAAUACUAUGGUGAUGAUGCCAGCAAAGGCAGGAAGAACUGUAGGAGAUGUCUGGAUGCUGGCGUCCCCAAAGUGAAAACACCUGUGUACUGCAGGAAGUGCCAAGUCCCUUUGUGCCUUACGUCAAAGCGUAACUGUUUCAAGGAUUGGCACGACAGCAAGUUUUAGGCUAAAAAAGGGGUCUACAUUUUGUGUGACAACCCAUCCAAAGGACACCAUACCAUUGUUUAUAGUUUUGGGAUGUGUGUAAUUUUUUUGUUUUUUAAAUUUGUUGUUUAUAGUUUCUAAUAAAUCUGCUCAGUUUGGAGUCAAACUUU